AUGGUGAAGCCUGAGCUUCCUGCAGAGGUUACUGAUUUAUUGGCCAGCCCGGUUGAGUUGGUAAAGUGGCUAGAACAUGAAGAUGCGGAACUGGGGAGAAGCCAUGCAAAUCUCCUCUUUGAAAAGCUGCUCAAGGAUGCGGCUCAGCCCAAAUCAAUGUCCGGACAGGCCUGUCUGAGACUUUGCGGACUUGUCGAGCAGUCUUCUGUGUCCAAAUCUGAUGACUUACGGCUAUGGGCCUUCUCACAAGAGGUGAUGUUGAAAUUGUUCAACUUUUACAUUGAGUGGAAUGAGUCGGACAAACAUAGGUCCAUGAAACUGGUGCUCGACCUCGUUGCUCGGUGCAUUCUCAAGAACCCAGAUCGAGAUGCCGCAUUGCAGGCCAAGAAAUAUGUUUCGGAUAGUCUCAUUUCAAUUGUUAUUGGACGUUCUACCAAGCCCGUUGUCAAAUCUGCGAUUAAGACGCUAGAUCACUUCCUAUCGAAAGGAGUAUUCAACCUGUGCGACAUUCGUUUGACGUAUGUGUCUUUUCGAACGGAUAUACGAACACAGGAUGAAGUUGAAAUAUGGCGAAACUUUACUGUGGAAUUGUUUCACUGGAUGCAUCUGCAACUUGUACGUCCCACGGUGGGCAAGUUGAUUGUGUCCGUCUACCGUCUCUGGAGACGGGGGCAGGAUGUAGGAGCAGUUCCUAGCAUCGAGAUAUGGCAUCAAUGGCUACUUGACUCUUUGACUGAGGAACCCACACUUCUGGAGUCUAUCAAGAAUUAUAUCUUUUUGCCGUUAUUCAAAGCUGAUAGGUCGGAAGCUUUGGCGUUCUUAGGACGUAUGAAUGAGGACCAGGCAGUUUCUGCAGCGAGUGGGAUGAGCUUGGAUGUUCCCGCUCUUCUUCAAUUGGCGGCACUGGAGACUGGAAAGAAAGUUGGUCUUAUUGAGGAACCUGCCCUCGGAAGCGCCAACAGCCAGGCAGAGCACAACUCAUCUAUAACGCUACACGAAAAGGUCCUGGAGAGUGUAUUGGCCCAUCCUUCUCAUGAAGUUCGAUCUCUAGCACUGUCUUUACUUGUUACAUCACCCUCCACCACACGACCUUACUCCCCCGUCGCACUUGAUCUCCUGAGAAAGUACAUGGGCACAUUCUUUGCCGAUCCAGAUGCCAAGUUUAGAGUGGAAGUUGCGUCCAAGGCGCGCGACAUGUUCAGGAGAGUUCGUGGUGCUAUUCACGUGCUAAAGCGUAGCAUUCCGCGAGCUCGAGCCAAGGCGCAGAAAGCGAACGCUCCUCCUUCGGUUGACAAGGAUGCCGUUUCACAGCCUAUUCUCUACCAAUCGAAUCUGAUCUCCUUACCCGAAGCCCAGCUGGCUAACUGUUUGGACUAUCAUGUCGAGUUUCUCCGUUGGUAUCUAGGCUUCUUGUGCGAGGAGCUAAGUCCAACUGCCUCGUACCAGAGGCAUAUUGCAGCUCUAAAGGCAUUUAUGUACAUAAUACGCUUGGAAGGAGAUUCGAAUAAAACCUGGGAGACAUCUGACGACCAGGAACUCUUCUUCAAUUGUUUGGAUGCCAAGUGGGCACGAGCAUUGUUUGAUUUGGUCAUGAAUCCCUUUGAGGACGUCAGAGAUUUGUCGGCAACGGCUCUAGCAAAAUGCUACGCCGACGGUCGAUAUCGCCGGCUUACACUCACAGGGGUAGAAAUUACGAAAGUGCCCGUCGAGGAAAUUACCCAAUUGUCACAACGGGCUCAUGAGCUUGUUCGCCGAACAGCCAGGGCUGAUCACUCUGACGGCGCCUCGAAAUCGUCCCAAUUGCUUUAUAGAUUUCUCGAAUCAGGCGAUGAAAGAAUCAAAUUGCUGGCAGCUAUGGUCAAUGAGUUGAACCGCAAGGUGUCCAUGGCAGAGAAGGAUCUUGGUCAAGCCGUCGUCAACGCACCUCUUCAUGGAGAUUUUGCUUCACUAUGCCAUACGUGGCAGGUUGUUUCUGAGAUCAAACUCUCUGAAGUCGAAUUGCUUGAGGCGAAUAAACUCCAGCGGGACAUUGUAUCAUGCUGCGAGCGAGCAUGGAGAGCCGUCCGAGAUGUUCUGUGCGAUGAUUCUCCUGAAGGACACUUGCCUCAGGAACUCGAGGAAGUAGACGGACUUGAUACCAAAGAUCUAUUAAGUUAUAGUUUCCGUUCCGUUCACGAGUCAAGCAAUCUUAUGCGCACGAUUAUCCUCACAAUUCAAAAUAGGUCCCGAAAUGGCCUGAUCAUUCCUUCAAAGGAGGUAUUCGAGAGGAUCGGAAACCUGACUUUUACGCAGCUAGCAACCUUGCGUCACAGAGGCGCGUUCACCACAGUUUCGUCUACUUUUGCGACUUGCUGCCAGCAGACGAAAUAUCUGCAAUUGGAACAAAACGAGAGAACUCUAUUGGACAUUUGGUACGAGGGUACACUGAAUGCAAUCGACUCUCAAGCAUCAACGACGCGCCGGUCCGCGGGAAUUCCAUCGAUGAUCACCGGAAUCCUCGCAGCAAACGCCUCCCACCCCAGCUUUGCGCAAGUCAUGGACACCCUCAUGGCCAUAGCAGCCAGAGAGGCCAAGGUCUCGGAAACCGACGGAUCCAGGCUCCCUCAAGUCCACGCAUACAACUGCCUCAAAGAUAUCUUCAAAAACUCCCUCCUCACAGCGCUGGGGAACAAGUCCGAAUCCUACUUGCCCCAAUGUCUAGAACUUGCGGCCAGCGGCCUACGAUCCGAGGUAUGGGCCAUCCGGAACUGUGGCCUCAUUUUUCUGCGAAGCCUCAUUGACAGCUUGUUUGGGACUCACGAAAGCAAAGCCGUGAUUGAAGCCGGGUGGGAUGGCAAAGCAAACCGCAUUCAUUACCACAGAUACCCCAAUUUGCCUGGCGUGCUCAAAAACCUCCUUCAAUCUGGGCACAGUAUUCUCUCUGAAUCGUCUACUUCAGCCACGGCUGCUGCAGAGUCUGUGUUUCCUGCUCUGGACAUCAUCCGUCGAGCGGGGCCUCCAGAUUUGCUCCGGGACGAAAUUCAAGUCGAUGUGACGGCAUAUCUGUCCAGUCCUGUGUGGCAUGUCCGCGACAUGGCAGCGCGUACGCUUUGCUCCUGUCUCCUGCAUGAAAAGUGGUUGGCGGAUACCAGAGGUAUUUUCGAUGCUGCAAUGACUAGCAAAUCGAGGAAUAAGCCGAACCAUGUCCAUGGAAUACUUUUGACUCUGAAGUUUGUCAUUGAUAGACUAAGCGAGGUUGCUCGUGAACGACUGCUGGUUGAUCUCCCAGAACUCCACUCCUUCCUUGUCCAAACCAAAGUAGACACUUGCUUCCCUGACUGCCCCGACAUCAUCGCUUCAUAUCUGGAAGUCAUAAACAUGAUCUGGUUCUUUCAAACGACAAACAAGCACCCACUAUCUCCAUUUAGCAUCACCAUGCCCAGAAAUAGAGGGUCUGCUCUUCUGAAAAUCCAGAGGGCCAUUCACGAUGUGUACGUCCUAUCCACACUCGACGAACCCGUGUCACAGCUUCAGUCUCUUCUUCAAAGCCAGCAAGUCGGCCUCGACGGGCUGGUAGCCGCGCUUGAAAUCAUUCCCAAAGUAUGGGACCCGUCGUUGUGUUCACAGGAUACUCUGGCUUCAUUAUCUAAUCUAUACGUCAACGUCUGUCUGCAAACCGACUACUCAAAAGCCCAAGUCCUCGCCGUAGAAAAUCUAGCCGACACCAUAGACAAGCUCCUCCAGCAAAAGGCCAUUGACAAGAUCCCUAGAGAUGCAUUGGUUAAACUCUGGCUGGGUCUACCGGCUCGUCCCAUGAACCCAGCUCUCUCUAACGCAGUCAUCAGAGCAAGCGGCUCUGUCAUAGCAGCCCUAAUCCGUCCCGAGCAAUCUACACCCGUCAAUAUCCAUUCAUGGGGCCAAAUCAUGGCCGAGGCCGCUCUGGACAACAAGACAUUCGACACUCGCUUCGCAGCCGCCUUAUCCCUCGCUUCCUUCUUCACCGCCUCACCCCCGACCUCCCCAGAAUUCCUUCCUGCUCUCCUCUCCCUCUACGACCUCCUGAAUGACGACGACGACGAGGUCCGUGAUGUAGCUGCCUUGGCCGCGAAUUCCGUCAUCGGCGCCGCCCUGGUGCCCAUCGAGGCAACAAACCGCCUCCUCCAAUUCCUCGGCACACAAUUCGGCACCGCGCCAGAAUUCAAGGCAAUUAUAGCAGACCGUUUAGUCGGGCACUUUGGCGUACAGGCUACGAAGCUGGAGAGCUGGGAAUCAGCAGAGGUUGAGCUUGCGCGGGCACUUGAAUUUGAUGAUUCGCUCUUUGUGGUCGAGGAGAAUAACCUGUUUAUUGACGAGGUGCGUGAGACAAAGCGGUGGGUAGAGGUCUUCGAGAGCCUUGAAUGGGAUGAAAAGGAUGAGCAUUUGGGCAAAUUGGGAAGUUGGGUUCAGGGUGGGAUUGCGCAAGUUGCCAGACUUGCUGAAUUGGAAGACGGGCCCUUGGGGUGGGCUUCCAAUCCGACAGCAUUUGCUAUUUGCACACGGAUAAUCCGCUGCUCUGUGGCAUUGGGUAGGAAAUUCAAACACUCGGAGCUGGAACAAGGUGUUGCUUUGGCAAAAGAGGCGCUACGAUCGAGGAGCACGACGGUAUCGAAGUUACUGGCAGAAGCAUGGAUAGAUUUUUAG